AUCCACAGUGGCCGUUACCAGGACUGUCAGAGUUUGGGUCAAAAUUUGGCAUUUUGAUUGACAGUUGAUAGUAUCAGCACCUUUCCUGAUAACAUCUGUGGUUGGCAGGGACAUUUUUAAAGUUGAGUAACUUUUGGUUGGUAGUGUUUUACUCGUAGAAUCCUCAAGGUUACUAAUGUAGCACACCCCCUAUUUACUCCAUAAUAUAUCUGUUUCUAUGGAAUGAGCAGACAUUUUAGACCACAAAAAGAUGACUGCAGGCCAGGUGCAGGGGGAAAAUUUGUGUAUCACUUUUCACUGGAGUCUGCCAACAAGUGGCAAAACAUUGGAAUUGGCAUCUUUCCAGCACCCAGUGAAAUGUUCAUUUUUACAAAGCACUUUAUCUGCCCAGACAAGAUGUAAUUCCCUGCUUUGCAAACAUUCAUUAUUAACAUGGUCUUUCCUUAGAGGAAAGUAAACAUCAGAAGACUGAUAUGAUAUCUUAGGCCUUUUGUCCUUACAGCAACCAAGCUUGGUCUUGGGUUCAGGAAAAUGAAAAAUUUCCAAUAAUCAAGGCAUUUCUGUACACACAAAUAUUAAUUGACAAUUUGGCUAAAUUCCAAUGUUCUUGCUUUAGAUGCAUGGAAGUUAAUAAUUUGCAGACAAAUAUUUUAUAUGGAUCCAGAAACAUUUGAUCCUUAUUUAUGGAGUAUAAUAACACAAAAAGAGAUAGAUAGUAGUUUUAGAAGAAAUGCAUGUUGUCUCUUCCAUCAGAAAUUUAAAAUACUUUUCAAAUGUAGUUCAAGUUAUUAUCAAAUGUAGUUCAAAAAUGGAGGAUUGAUCAACAAAAAUAAUUUGGAAGACUCAGAAAUAAUCUCUGGAUCCGCCCCUGAAAAACAUGACAAGAGAAGUUUAGUAAACCAUGAUAUGAACUGGUAAUGAGAUUAUUUACCUGGAGAAGGGAUGUGAAGAAGUUGACUAACUUCCUUGUUGUUUCCAGGAAUCCCACAGGCUAUACCAACCCAGCUUGGGCACACGCAGGAAAAGAUCUCCGAUUAAUUGCAGAUGAAUUUGAACGAACCCGACCCAAGGAGAGGGAGAAAAUCAAAGACAGGGCUUCUAAGGUGGGAUUUUCAAGCCUUGACCAAGAAAAUUUCUUUCAACUCCUCCAGGAGUUGUUUGAUGAGAGGAUCACCAAAGAGAGAAUUCUGGUUCUGUUUUUCUUCUGCUCGGACCUGGCAAUCAAGACACUGAGAGCGUGCUCUGUGGAUUACUUCAGGCAGCUGAUCCAGUGGUCGGUCACUUACAUCACGGAGAAAGUCUGCAUGUGGGUGGAGCACCAUGGAGGUUGGGGUAAAGUUAUCCAUGGAUCUGUGAAAAUCCUCAGCAAGGUGAUUGUCUGGGUAGGUCUGGGUGUGGCCUGCGUGCUAGGGGUAAAGUGGGCCAUUAAGAAACUCUCCUGAACACAGCCCUUCCUGAACAGAUGCUGAUAUUAAUAUAUCCUGCCAGAAUUGUCCAAAUGGAAGAUCAGUUCAACUGCACCAUGUUUCCCAAUGAUUGA